UCUCUAUCCUCGUUAAUUUUCACCCUGAACAGAGUGACUGUUGCAAGCACCCAGUGAACAGAGAGCCUCUACUAUGUUAAACUCUCCCUCCGCAGACAACUAUAAAUUCCGAAACUUUUGACUCUUUUCUCACUCUCUCUCUCACACAUUUUUCUCCUUUACAAACGUAUCAGUUCACGACUCUCGCUUCUCUCUCUCUCCCCCCCUCUCUCUCUACAUGUACAUAUACUGCAAUUAGCGGCAGAGUUCAUCGCGCUGGUUGCAAUGGAGCUCUCAAGCAGGACGAUGAAGCUUUUUCUGCUUUCGAUUUUUCUAUUACAGGUGUUUUAUGCAGUAUCUAUAGUCAGCGCGGAGAGGUCUGAUGCACGGUCGCUUAAGACACGAAAUGCAGUAUCAGGGGAGAUACAUUCACAGGAAUAUUGUGCAAUGUAUGAUAUUUGUGGUGCACGUGAAGAUGGAAAAGUCGUGAACUGUCCUUUUAGCUCCCCAUCUGUGAAGCCAGAUGACUUGCUUUCACAAAAGAUUCAAAGCCUAUGCCCUACAAUCACUGGCAAUGUUUGUUGUUCAGAAGCUCAGUUUGAAACUUUACGGUCACAAGUCCAGCAAGCAAUUCCAUUUCUGGUCGGCUGUCCUGCAUGUUUGAGAAACUUUUUGAAUUUGUUCUGUGAGCUUACCUGUUCCCCGCAUCAGAGCAUGUUUAUUAACGUGACUUCUACGGAUAAGGUUAAAGGCAAUUUGACCGUGAGUGGCAUUGAUUUUUAUGUAUAUGAUUCUUUUGGUGAAGGGUUGUAUGAAUCUUGCAAGGAUGUAAAGUUUGGGACCAUGAAUAGUCGGGCUCUAAAUUUUAUUGGUGCUGGUGCUAAAAAUUUCACAGAGUGGUAUGCAUUUAUUGGUAGACGAGCACCCCUUAAUGUGCCGGGCUCACCAUAUGCUAUGACAUUCAAGCCUUCUGCUCCUGAGUCAUCUGGAAUGAAACCCAUGAAUGUUUCUACAUAUUCAUGUGGUGAUAUUUCACUGGGUUGUUCUUGUGGUGAUUGUCCUCAAUCUCCUGUUUGUGCAAAUACUGAUCCUCCUCCACAUCACGAGGGGGCUUCUUGUGCGGUGAGAAUUGGAUCUCUCAAGGCCAAAUGUGUCGACUUUAUUCUAACAAUCCUCUAUGUUAUAUUGGUUUCCAUCUUUUUGGGAUGGGGCUUGUUUCAUCGAAAAAGAGAAAGGGACCAGAGUUCUAGAAUGAAUCCAGUGUCGAAUAUCAAGGACAGUGGUGAAGUUACUGGGAAGAAGGAUGAGAACGUUACCAUGCAGAUGCUUGAAGAUUCUCCUCAAACCGGAAGCAGGGUUCAGCUUUCAAUUGUUCAAGGAUACAUGUCGAAGUUCUACAGGUGUUAUGGAACAUGGGUUGCUAGAAACCCAAUCCUUGUGUUGAUCUUGUCGUUGGCUGUAAUUCUUUUACUUUGUCUAGGUCUCAUCCGUUUCAAGGUGGAGACACGGCCUGAGAAGCUAUGGGUAGGGCCUGGGAGUAAAGUUGCGGAAGAGAAAAGGUUUUUUGACACCCACCUAGCCCCCUUUUACAGAAUUGAGCAGCUAAUUCUAGCGACUGUUCCAGAAGCUGGGGCACAGAAAAGACCAAGUAUUGUGACAGAAAACAACAUCAAAUUACUUUUUGAAAUACAAAAAAAGGUUGAUGGAAUCCAUGCAAAUCAUUCUGGAACAAUGAUAUCUCUGACUGAUAUUUGCUUGAAGCCACUGGACAAAGAUUGUGCUACUCAGAGUUUACUGCAGUAUUUCCAAAUGGAUCCUCAAAAUCUCGAUAAUUAUGGAGGAGUUGAGCACGUGAACUAUUGUCUCCAGCAUUAUUCCUCUGCAGACACAUGUCGGAGUGCCUUCAAAGCUCCCCUUGAUCCAAGCACAGCCUUGGGAGGUUUCUCUGGGAACAAUUAUUCGGAGGCAUCUGCAUUUAUUGUAACUUAUCCAGUAAAUAAUGUGAUUGAUAAAGAAGGGAAUGAAACUGAUAAGGUGGUUGCUUGGGAGAAGGCUUUUAUUCAGUUAGUGAAGAAUGAAUUAUUGCCAAUGGUGCAAUCUAAGAAUCUCACUCUUUCUUUUUCUUCGGAAAGCUCCAUUGAGGAGGAACUAAAAAGAGAAAGCACUGCUGAUGUCAUAACUAUAUUGAUUAGCUAUCUUGUGAUGUUUGCCUACAUCUCUCUUACUUUGGGUGACACUCCUCAUUUAUCUUCGUUUUACAUUUCAUCUAAGGUAUUGCUUGGUCUUUCUGGAGUUAUGCUUGUCAUGUUGUCUGUUCUUGGAUCUGUUGGAUUUUUUAGUGCCAUUGGAGUGAAGUCUACACUAAUCAUCAUGGAAGUCAUUCCUUUUCUUGUAUUAGCUGUUGGGGUGGAUAACAUGUGCAUAUUGGUGCAUGCUGUCAAGAGGCAACCAAUGGAGUUGCCGCUAGAGGGACGGAUAAGCAAUGCUCUUGUGGAAGUUGGACCAUCCAUCACACUUGCUAGUCUAUCCGAGGUUUUAGCAUUUGCAGUUGGAAGUUUCAUUCCUAUGCCAGCAUGCCGUGUGUUCUCUAUGUUCGCUGCACUUGCUGUUCUUUUGGACUUUCUUUUGCAAGUUACUGCCUUUGUAGCUUUCAUAGUUUUUGAUUUUUUGCGAGCUGAGGAUAAGAGAAUUGAUUGCUUUCCAUGUCGGAAAAUCUCAUCUUCAUCUGCAGACUCUGAUAAAGGUAUUGGUGGGAGAAGACCUGGAUUGCUGGCUCGCUAUAUGAAGGAGAUCCACGCACCCAUACUCAGUCUUUGGGGAGUUAAGAUAUUUGUCAUUGCCAUCUUUGCUGCUUUCACAUUGUCCAGCAUAGCAUUAUCCACUCGAGUUCAACCUGGUUUAGAACAAAAAAUUGUUCUUCCGCGAGACUCAUAUCUUCAGGGCUAUUUUAAUAAUGUCUCAGAGUAUCUCAGAAUUGGUCCGCCACUAUAUUUUGUAGUGAAGAACUACAACUAUAGCUCAGAAUCAAGUCAGACAAAUCAGCUGUGCUCCAUCAGCCACUGCAAUUCAAACUCUCUUUUAAAUGAGAUUGCAAGAGCAUCCUUAACACCAGAAUCUAGCUAUAUAGCUAUGCCAGCUGCUUCAUGGCUUGAUGAUUUUCUUGUAUGGAUAUCUCCUGAAGCUUUUGGCUGCUGUAGGAAGUUCACAAAUGGGACUUAUUGCCCCCCUGAUGAUCAGUCUCCUUGUUGUUCAUCUGAUACAGGUUCAUGUGGUCUUGGUGGGAUAUGCAAAGAUUGUACUACUUGCUUCCGUCACUCAGAUUUGAAUAAUGAUCGUCCAUCUACAUCUCAGUUCAAGGAGAAACUCCCAUGGUUCCUCAAUGCUUUGCCCUCUGCUGACUGUGCCAAAGGCGGCCAUGGUGCUUACACUAGCAGUAUAGAUCUACAAGGCUAUGAGAAUGGUGUUAUUGAAGCAUCAUCCUUCCGUACAUAUCAUACACCUCUUAACAAGCAGAUUGACUAUGUCAAUUCAAUGAGGGCUGCUCGAGAGUUCAGUUCAAGGGCUUCUGAUUCUUUGAAGAUGGAGAUCUUCCCAUACUCUGUAUUUUAUAUGUUUUUUGAACAAUACCUUGAUAUAUGGAGGACUGCAUUGAUCAACCUCGCCAUAGCAAUUGGAGCGGUAUUUGUUGUUUGCUUGGUCAUCACUUGCAGUUUGUGGAGUUCUGCUAUCAUUUUGCUGGUGUUGGUAAUGAUAGUCGUGGAUCUCAUGGGCGUGAUGGCAAUUCUGAACAUUCAACUGAAUGCAGUCUCUGUUGUCAACCUUGUCAUGUCAGUGGGCAUUGGUGUUGAGUUCUGUGUACAUUUAACACAUGCUUUCUCGGUGAGUAGUGGCGACAGAGACCAAAGAGUCAGGGACGCUCUGGGUACAAUGGGAGCUUCUGUCUUCAGUGGCAUCACAUUAACAAAACUCGUUGGCGUGAUUGUUCUUUGCUUCUCAAGAACAGAAGUUUUUGUGGUUUAUUACUUCCAAAUGUACCUUGCACUGGUCCUCCUUGGUUUCUUACAUGGGUUGGUGUUCUUACCGGUUGUAUUAAGCAUGUUUGGCCCCCCUUCAAGGUGUAAACUUGUCGAGAAGCAAGAAGACCGGCCAUCGGUUUCCUUGCGGCCUUGAGAAGCUGUAUUGCUGUAUCAUAGUUCUUUUUGGCAGGCUAAUCAAUAUUUUCUUUUUUCUUUUCUUCGAGAUACUAAGUUAAGUAUAGAAUUAGUGAAGCAAAGAUGCUCAAAUGGCAAUCCUGAAAUAUGUAAAGUACGGUGUGUUUUUCCAAAAGGAAGAAAAUCAUUCAGCUACAAGGUUGUCAGAUUUGCCUGUUUUCUUUUCAAGCACGCUUCGGCUGUUGAUUCCAAUUGCUUGUACUUCAUUUGGGCUAAAGCCAUCUCGGCCUAGUAAUAAAAACCAGAUUUCUGGGUUAAAAGUAAAAA